AUGCCUAAACUUGAAGAAAUAUCCGACGAUGAUAUCGAUAAUAUGGACAUGGAUUUGGCUCAAUUUGACCCAUCUCUUAAAACCCACAUUGCCCCAAAAGUCCAACCAACAGUAACAAAAUCUACAAACUAUGAUGAGGAGCCUCCAUUAUUCCCAAAUAUCCCAAUGCAAAAUCCUCCAAGCAGUGGCAACAAUAAUGUUAAUGUAGGGAGCUCUGGUGGGAGAACUGGUAUUCCAAUGCUUGUUGAUCAAGAUGGUAAUCCUGUUUCUGUUGACGAAGCUGACUUUCCGUUGACCUCGCAAGAAGAAAUGAAAACACUUCAGAUAAUCUAUCCUUGUUACUUCGAUAUCAAUCGCUCACAAAAAGAAGGGAGAAGGGUUCCAAAGGAUCUUGCUGUUCAAAAUCCCCUUGCCAAAACUAUUUCUGAUGCUUGUAUUCGCCUAGGAUUGAAGACUGUUCUUGAACCUGAUAAGACACAUCCACAAGAUUUUGGUAAUUCUGGUAGAGUCAGGGUAUUGAUCAAGAAGGAUUCCCAAAGCAUAAAUUCAAUGGUGAAAAACAAGAGAGUGCUCAUAAAAAAAGUUGGUGUUUACCUCAAGAAAAAUCCAACCACUUUACAAAGCGUCAAGCAAUUGAAAUUACCUAACUUUGAUCCCCAACUCCAAGCCGCUGAUUUCCAACCACAACGUGUACCAAGAGUGAAGGGCUUCAAAAUGAAUGAUAUAGUCCCAUUACAUAGCCCAUUCCUUAUGGGUCAUCCUCAGUUGAAAGGUGUUUAUACUAAAGAACCCGAAGUUACAACCAGUACUUCUUCUACACCAUCACUCCCGCAAAUGCCGAAGAAAAAGAUCUUAAAAGUGAGACGUUAA